AUGUCUCUCUUUCCACGCUACAUUGCGAACGAAUUCGCACCCAUGUUCCGCCUCAUGGACGACUAUGCGGCGCACCGCACCGGCAGUCUCAACUCAAAUGAGUGGCCAUCCUCCUUCUCCAGCACCUUCAAAUCCUUUACUCCCAAAUUCGACGUCAAGGAAAACAAGGACUCGUACGAACUCCACGGUGAACUGCCCGGCAUCAAGCAGGAGAACGUCAACAUCGAAUUCACCGAUGCACAGACUCUGACCAUCAAAGGCCGCACGGAGCACGUGAGGGAGGAAGGCGAGCGAGCAGCUGGACUCGUUGAAGGCGGCGAGCAGCAGAAACAGAUCGAGGGCAACAACGGCUACCACAAGCCUUCGGUCGAGGAGGAAGGGUCGAAGCAGGCUUCUUCUGACAAGAACACUGAAGUGCAGAAAUCUUCUUCCGAGGAAGCUAAGCAGUCGGAGAAGCAAUCCAAGUACUGGGUCUCCGAACGCUCCGUUGGCGAAUUCGCACGCACCUUCUCCUUCCCGACGAGGGUCGAUCAGGAGAAUGUCAAGGCUUCGCUGAAGGAUGGGGUUUUGAGCAUUGUUGUGCCCAAGGCUCAGGCUCCGACUAGCAAGAAGAUCAACAUUGAGUAA